CACAGACUUAACUCUCUCGCGCUUUUGUCAAUGUAAACUAACCCCGAACCCAGCUGUCACGGAUGUUCACGCAAACGUAACGGGAAUUUACGUGAUCUAUGGCGGCUUCCUGAGUUGGCGAAAGACAUCGGAGGUGCCAUGACACAGGAACAUAUCACUAGCGUGGUGGAAAUAUUGGAUUCAGCACAUAAUCAGAAGUUUCAGCUGUCUGAAUUGUUGACAAAUCUAAGAGAGUUGAAACAACAGGUACAAGAUGGUGCUAAUGAAUCUAGAAGUAAACUUGUCAGUCACUUUGAUUGUCUUAAGACAUUUCUAGAAGAGACUUUAAAGAGUCGUCUAACAGUAUUGCUGAAAGAAAUAGAUAGUAUUGAGAACCAAGCUGUUCUACCUCUUACACAAUGUGAAGUUAUGAUACAAAAUGGCAUUGAUAAUGCUACCACAAUCAUGGAGGAAGGUAAACUUAUUAUGAAGAAUGGUGCAGAAAAUAAUCUCGACAAGAUAGUCAAACUUAAAGAAAAUCCCUUAACAAAAACAUUGAGCAGUGUACCAGAAAUACCUGACCGUUCUGCUGUACCUUGUAUAACUGUAGAUUUAGCAUCAUCUUUAAGAAGUGUAUUAAAUGAAGCCAUACAGAAGGAGGGUAAAGUAAUAGCUGGAGCUCCAGUACAAAUCAUAGAUAUAGUCGAAAGACCUGGUAGUUUACUUGUUACUUGGAAUGAGAUAGAAGAAGAUGGGGAUUUAACUGAGUUUUGUCUGCAGUAUUCUUCUGGUAAUAUUAAGUCUAACUCGGAUCCUAAAGCUACAUUUCAUACAGCUUAUGUUGGUCCGAACACAGGACAUAUUGUUAAACAAUUGCGUCCAAACAAACAAUAUUCCUUCCGUGUACGAGGACGACAGGAUGGUAGUCAUGAGUGGAGCGUAUGGAGUGUGCCUUAUACUGCCAUAACAACAAUACCUCAUCAUCAAUGGGUAUCAACACAUGAAGGAUACAGCGUUAGUAAUGAAGAUAAAACAGCAACACGUACAGAUAUUGGUCUCAGUACAUUAGUUUAUUCUAAUAUACCUAGUUAUGCCUCUGGUGAACAGAUAACUUUCAAAAUAUUAGAUGCAGGUGAAAGGUCAUUAAAUGAUGGAAUAGGUUUAGCCUGUAAUUGUGAUAAUGAAGAUACUCUAGAAAUACCAGGUGCUAUAUAUGUCAAUAUUGAUGGAACAAUCUAUGUUGAUGGAAAUGUGAUGAAGAUGAAGUUACCACCAUUAAAGAAAGGAUCUGCCAUUAAUUUCCAAACAGAACCAUUACCUAACGGAAAGGUCCGCGUAGGAAUUGAAGUUCAAGAGAAAGAAGUGACGUUUGAUUGGAAGACCAGCUCAGUAACAAGUCCACAAUCACCCACAGUGCCUAGCAUGAACCUAACUGUACAACGCCAGUAUUCAUCUCAUAAUUUUUAUUUUGCUAUGAAAUUUGCUCAUGAAGAUUGGAAAGUAGGCGUAUUUUGAUCUCUUCUUGUUUUGUUUUUUGGCAUUUGUGAUGUUGUCGGUGAAGAUGACAGGAGUUUAUUAAACGUAAUCAUGGGUUGCAUGCAUCUUGUGGGUUGUGGGAUGAAAUUAAAAAUGAAUCUAAUUCUGUAAGUAAGUUCCUUGUAAGAGGCUUAAUUUACUAUAUGUUAGUGACAUUACUACAAUGUCCGAAAUCUGUUACUAUCUUUUAUUUAAACAGAUAACGUGCUUACAGUUGAUUUACUUAUGUCUAGUGAAGGACUCUUUGAACUGAAAAGUUACAUAUUAUUCUUGUACUGUGUUCGAUCUGGGCUCAGAGGUGGAUGGAAGUUGGCAGCUUUAUAGUUCCAAAAUUGGGCCUCUUAUAAUAAAGCUUUAGAAUAUUAACACAUUAUUUUAUGUGAAGCAUUAUAAUCAUAACUUACGUUAAAUUUCAAACACAUUAUAACAGAAGUUGGGUGUAUAUAAUUUGAACAAAUGUUUUCCAUUAUGUAAUCAUCCCUCACUUACUUAUAUUAUACAUUAUAUUUUGAUCUCAUAACAAACUAUUUCAUCAAGAAUUAAUGGUUAACAAAUAAAUUUUAUUUUUUAUAUUGCCAAAUGUUAUUAUAAUACUUAAUAUUAAAUUUUAAAAGAUUUUAUGUAGGAUUCAUUUGCUUUUUGUAUUGGGAACAAUUAUGUUGUAUGGUAUGUGGAUCUUUUGUCAUUUGUGGUCAAAGGGGAGAUAAUUACCUGCUAGGGAGAUUUCUGAAGAGUUACUUCCCUUCCAUGUAGACAUUCAUUGAGUUGAAAAGAUUUACAGUGACGCUCUCUCAUAUUAACUAAUAAUUCCCUUAAUUUCAAUCUUCUUUAUAGAAUGUUAUGAAUUUUUGAUUGUUGUAGAAUUAUUAUACUACUAUAAAGAUAGAUAAUUAAUGAUUACAAUUUCAGUAUGGAGAAAGUUUCAAUAUUUCAGGCCAUCAUUAUUUAUAUUUUUUCUAGUCACUUGGCAAAUUAAACUGUGUGUUCAUGUGAGGCAUAAAUAUAUAUAUAAUGUAGCCUGAUAUUUUGUGUCUUAGAUAACUUAGCAUAGAAUUUAUAUUGACAAUUUUUAAAGUCUGAAAUUUUUGAUUCUGUCACAGGCUCAUUAAUUUCAAUAUGUGUUUGUUUCACCUUUUAAUAUAUUUAUGACAAUUAUAAGGUUUGGUUUAUGUGCAAUUUAUACUGCAAUAAAUAGUUUCAAAUAAAACUUCUCAUCAUAAGAUAUUAAAUUUCAAUUUAUUGUGGAUGCAAAAGUACGUAAGUUUGAUAAAUGUAUAAUACUGUAUAAAUUUUAUAUAUUCAUCUUGUGUUUAUACAUUGUUAAUGGGAUUGUUGAUAUGCUCAAAUAAAACAUAGAAUGAA